GAUGCAACCAUCUUGCAGUUACACGAAUGUCUCUUUUACAAGAAGAUAUACACCUUUUUGUCCUGCUUUUUCUCGUCACUUAAGUUCUAAGAGGUAUUUUCACAGAGCAAAUUGUAAAUGGCGAAUUAGGUGCAAAAUAUCUUUUUGAUUUUCACGUGAAAGGAAGAACAUGUGGCGAAUUAAAAUACUGAAUCAUUGUGAAUAAAUAAGUGUAAAUCUGAUACACCCCGUUAUGUUUCAUGAAUUGCUCCUCGCACUUUCUGGUACACCUGGUGCAAUAUUUACAGUUAACAAGCUUGAUGAAUUACAGAUUACUAAAAACUUACCUUUUUUGCAUCCAAGUGAGGUAGAGUUAUUGGAUAAAAUUUGCAAGCUUGGAGGAUUUUAUCGAAAAUUUCAAAAUUUUAUCGAAAAAUAUAGUUUUGAUCUCUCACCAGUAAAUAACAUUUUAUCAAAAAAAGAACAUACUGAUGAUGCAAAGUUACGUGGGCAGUACCUUCAUGCAUUUUGUGCAGGUCUUGCAGCAGUGUUGCAACCUUAUCAAGAUUGUUUAGUAAAAAUAGAAAAACAGGUGAUGAAGAACCCGCAUAUUCCACUUUCUUUUGUUUAUCAAGAUUUGGAAGAUUAUUUCUUUGUGUUUCCUGUGUUAGCAAAUAUUGUCACUACCAUGGAGCAAAAACAGAUUCAUGGAUGCCAAGUGCUCACACUAUUACAAGAAACUGGCAACUGUGGAAUUCCAACUGUUAAAGAAACACUAGAAAAAAUAUUGCACUCUUGUCACAGUGUUUUAUACAAACAGUUAUCAGCUUGGAUGUUACAUGGAAUUUUAUUGGAUGAAUAUGAUGAAUUUUUUAUCACAGAUAAAACACAACAAGAAAUAAAAAGAAACAUUGAUGAAAAAGAUAGUGCAAUUUUGUCAUCUAAUACAAUUUUACGAGGAAUUGCUGGCCUUGACCUUUUGGAGGAAUUACAGCUUGUUGAUGAUGUAGCAAAUCUUGCUGAAACCCAACGAAUAGUGAUUGUAUCUGCAAUGUUGCCAUCUUAUUUACCAUUAAGAGUUGCUGAAAAGAUUUUAUUUGUUGGGGAAUCUGUGCAGAUGUUAAAAGAUACUGAAAAUCUGAAGAUACAUCACUACAACCAAAAAAUUAGUAACUUACUGCAGGGUCGAGAAACUGAAUUUUUGCAAACACUGCACAAACUUCAACAAGAGCAAUAUCUAUCAAUCCCCGCUUUAGAAGUUGAAAUAGAUAAAAUCAAAUCUUGUGUUGCUGAGCAAUUAUGGCGGUUAGUAGUUGAAGAAGCAGAUUUAAUUAAACAUCUUAAGUAUUUAAAGGAGAUGUAUUUGCUAGGACGCGGUGAACUUUAUCUAACAUUUAUUGACCACGCACACAACAUGAUGAAAGGACCACCGUCAAAUACUGUAGCUUAUGAUAUAAAUGCUGCGUUUAAACAGAGUUUGGCUAAGAUUCUUAGCUACAGCGAUGAAUACGAAGCAUUGUUUGAAAUGAUGCUUGAUACAGUUGAUAAUGAGAGAGAUGGAGGUUUUUUGAAAACCAGUUGGGAUUAUUUAAAAAUAUCUUAUUCACCACCCUGGCCUCUUCACCUACUAUUUACUCCUAAUGUUAUGGAAAAAUACAAUACAUUGUUUAUGUUUUUACUGAAAGUUCGUCGAACCCAGAUCGAACUUCAAAAUGUAUGGGCUUUACAAAUGUCUUCGAAAAGGUCAGGAAAGACAAAGAGCAUACCUAGUAUUACAUGGGGGCUUAGAAGACAGAUGGCAUUUUUUAUAGACAAUCUACAAUAUUACUUGCAGGUGGAUGUACUAGAAUCUCAAUUUACUGUCUUGUUAGAGAAGAUCAAGAAAACGCACGAUUUUGAAAGUAUACAUACAUCACUUGACUUUUUUCUUAUUUCGAUGCUAAUGCAGUCCUUCAUCUCAAUGAAACCAGUUCUUUCUAUCCUUUUAAAAGUGAUUAACAUAUGUAUGUCAUUCUGCCAGCUAGUUUCUCAAAGCUAUACACAUUGGGCGCAAAUGGAAAACGAGAAAGUCAAAGAAUUAUCAGCGGAAUUCAACCGGCAAACUGUAUUGCUAUUUAAAGUGUUGUCAAGCGUCCGCUCUCAUUCAACUUCUCCUCAUUUAUCACAGCUGUUACUUCGAGUAGACUUCAACAAAUAUUUUACUCGAACUUCUUCAAAUUAAUUUUUUGACGAAAAGUUGUAUGAAGCAAUCUGAAGAAGAAAAGAAAAGAACUCGUGUCGUCAUUUAGAAGAGCAAUAGUAAAUUUAUCCUUUAGAUAUUAAUCUUAAAGUUUUGUUGGGAAAAUUUGUGAAAGUAUAGGUACGAUUACAAAUUUUUAGGUCAUUACGACGAAAUUCUUUCCGUUAAUCGAAUUCUUCUCAUAAUUGCUAUCGACCUAUCUUUCAUGGAAGUGUCAUUUGAAUGUUUUGUUUUUUGAAAGAAAAAACUUAUCAAUCAGACAAGAUGGCAAAGAGCAUAGCUUAAAAGUGCUUUAAUUUUUAGAAAUCCAAACGUCUCUUUCUCUAGUUCGUUUUUUUUUUUUGGGGGGGGGGGGAUUUAAAUUAAAGAGGGUAACUUUAUAGAAUUAUGGAAUAAAACGACAGGAUUAGCUUCCUUGCCCCAAGGAUCUUUUGGUUCGUGAGCACAAAAAUGCUUAGAAAUACUGGGCAUUUUUUAAAUUCCUAAGUUAAUGCAAAAAUGCAAGGGAAUCAAAUGCGACACUUGCCUCAGUAGCAAAAUCCUGAGCGAAAAAAAGUCGCGAAUUUGAAUUUUUGUAGAUAAAAGCAAAAUAAUAUUGCUGAUUUCACUCCAUUUAAAAACCAUAUGACGAAGUAGACUCUUUGUCUCAGUUAUACCUCGGAUGAGAUUUUCCUUUUCAAGCAAUAUUUUUUUACUAGUGCUGUAGCGGUUGCUAGUGUUUGCGUAUUCAAGAGGAAACAAUUAAAAUCCUUUUAUUUCAACACUCUUGAAAAAAGCUAAUAAAGUAUAAAGUCCAAAAUAUAUAACUAGUGAUGUAAAUUUAAGGAAAAAAGGAAAAAAAACAGUUUUUUUCAAGAAAAAUAUUCUUGAAAUUAACUUCUUUAAUAUAUCUUAUACGGUGUUGUGUCAUUUAUUGCUUUUUUAGUCUGCCCCCGUCGUCUCUUUUUGCGCAUACUUUUUUUCUUGCCAGUAGCUUUUACGAAACAAUUAAGAGAACACGUGUAUAUAGUUGUUAAACAAAAAUACAAUUUAAACAAGAAA